AUGUAUUACUUUUUUUUUCUGUUUUUAGUCUUAUUUACAAAAGGAUUUUUAAGAAAUAAAGAAUAUACCAAAUUAAUUGAAAAUUCUAAUUUUGAUUCAUUAGAAAUCAAUAAAGAAAAAAGUGAGGGCAAGUGGAAUGAUCCAUCUUUUAUGCCUAUAAAAAAUGAUAUAGGUGUAAAUUAUGAUAUAUUUAAUAACGAAAAAAGUCUUUAUAAUACUAAAAAAAUAAAAAAUUUCCAUAUAAAUGAUAGAAAAAAGAUAAGCUUUUAUGAAAAUUGUACUAUUAAUAGUUGUGUAAAAGCUGAAAACAAGGAUGGUGAUAUAGCACAUGAGAAUGAAAUUAAUAUUUUAAUUAAAAAGAAUGAUAAAACUAAGGAAGAAAAAGAUGGAAAACAGGAAAAAGAGAAAAAAUAUGACGUUUAUAACAAAAAAGAAAAAGGUGGGGAAGAGAAAGAAGGCAUAAAAGAUAAGGAAGAAGAAGAAAAAGACGAAGAAGAAAAAGAAGACGAAGAAGAAAAAGAAGACGAAGAAGAAAAAGAAGACGAAGAAGAGAAAGAAGAAGAAGAAGAAGAAAAAGAUGAAGAUGAACAAGAUGAAUAUGAAAAAAAGAAAGAAGAAAAAAAAAAUGGAAAAGGAGAAGAAAAAGAAAAAAGAGAUGAUAAAAGUGAGGAUAAAAAAAAAGAUAUGAAAAAGGAGAAAGAGAAAGAGAAAGAGAAAGAGAAAGAAAAUGAAGAUAAGAAAGAAGAUGAAAAAGAUAAAAAUGAAAUUAAAGAUAUAACAAAGGAUAUAGAAAAAGAGAAGGAACAACAAAAAGAUGAAAAAAAUAAAGAAAAUAAUAAAGAUACAAAAGAAAAAAAAGAUGAAAAAGAUAAAGAAAAUAAUAAAGAUACAAAAGAAAAAAAAGAUAAAGAAAAUAAAGAAAUUAAUAAAGAUAUAAAAGAAAAAAAAGAUGAAAAAGAUAAAGAAAAUAAUAAAGAUACAAAAGAAGAAAAAGAUAAAGAAAAUAAUAAAGAUAUAAAAGAAAAAAAAGAUGAAACAAUUAAAGAAAUUAAUAAAGAUAUAAAAGAAAAAAAAGAUGAAACAAUUAAAGAAAAUAGUAAAGAUACAAAAGAAGAAGAAAAAGAACAAAACAAGGUAGAAAAGGAUGAAGAGAAAGAGGAUGAGGUAAGACAAGAAAGGGAAGAAAGAGAGGAAAGAGAAGAAAAAGAAAAAGAAGAACUAGAAAAAGAAGAACAAGAAGAAGAUGCAGAUGAUGAGGAAAGAGAAGAAGAAGAUGAGGAGGAAGAAAAAGAGGAAAAGCACAAGAAAAAAAAAGACACUGAAAAAAAUAAUGAAAACAAUAAAAUGGAAAAGGUGAACGAAGAUAUAACAGUAACAAAAUCAUAUUUAGAUAUAAAUGGAAAUAAUCAAAUUAAAGAUAAUUUAAAAAUUGAACAAAUUGAAUUAAAAAAUGAAAAUAAAAUAAUGAACAAUGAAAAAGACAAAGAAAACAUUCACAAGAAUAAAGAUGAAAUCAAAGAUACCACAUCUCCAUUAAUUUCAGAACAAUCUCAGAAUAAUAUGAAGAAAGAAAAAUCUAAAAAAAAAAGAAAUUAUGAAUCUAAUAUGUUUACUAUAGAUAAAAAGAUGCAAAGGAACCUAAAGAAUGUAGAUAAAAUAUUAAGGGAUCUCAAUUCUAAAUUGAAUUAUCACAAAGAUUUAAAGAAUAGAGAGUUAAAAUUAAAAUUUGAGGCAAUGAGUAGAAUAAAACAGUAUAAUAUGUUUAUCGAUCUCAUAAGGAAAUCAGUAGAAAUUUUGACUUUUAGAUUAAUGAAAAUUAAUGAAGAUUUAAGUAAAUUAAAAGAGUCAUCAGAAAUUGCAUUACAAAAAUAUAUAAAUGAAAAAAGUGGUGAUUUAAUAAAAGUUUCUGAUUUGCCUAAAUAUGACAGAUUUGAAGAGGAAAAGAUAAUUAAGAGAAAUAAAACGAAUGGGAAUGAAUCAAAAGGGCAUUUAUUUUGUCCAAUAAAUUGUGACAAAGAAUCAUGUAGUAACAAGCCAGAUCAUCCAACUCAAUGCUAUAAAUUGGAGCAAUCAGGAAGUCAAAUCAAUAGGAUAUGUGAACCUUUUAUUAAUAAGCAUAAUGCAACUUGCAGAAAAGACUUUAAUCGUUGUGCAAUAGCAGCACCAGAACGAAAUGGAAUAUAUUCCGUAUUUAUAACUGAUGAACACCAGGAUAUACCUCAGUUCAUAACUGUCAAAGGUUAUAAUUUACAUGAGUGCUUACAAUUUUUAGUAGUAAAUAAAAAUUCUACUUGCUUACCCGAAUUUAUUGAAAGAAAUAUAAUGGAAUCAAGUGAAAUUUUAAUGGAACCUGUUUCAACUAAGCUUUUGAAGGAUGAAAUUAUAUUUGAAAAUAUUAAGAUAAAUAAGGAAGGAGAAUAUAACAUAUGCUUAGCACAGUUUUAUCACUCAGAAGAAGAUUUAUUAACAGAAAAUACCUCAAAUAAGAAUAAGAAAAAAAAAAAAAAUGAAAUAAAAAUUUUAGCUGUAGACACCAUCGGUACCUUAUAUGUUUUACCUUUUCCAUCAAAAAAAAAAACAAAGGAAUAA